AUGGUGUCCAAAGAACUGACCGCCCUCACAGCGCUCGCUGGUGUCGUCCUGGCCCAUAGCUCACCAGGUCUGGUUACAGUUCUCAAUACGACUGAUGGAGCUUCCACCAUUGGUCAAGUGGCCUCUCAAGCCCCAGGAUUCCUAGACGCCAUCUUCGGGAAGACGAACCUCAUCCUCCUUACCCCAAACGACACGGUCAUUGCCCUGUGGCUGAACUUGACUCAGGGACAAGCAGCCUCAGCCGCCGGCGAUGAUUACUACCUUUACCAACCUCCCCCUCUACUCAAAGUCAGAGGAUACAAUGACGUCUCGGACUAG